AUGUGUGUCAUUAGGAUGCAGUCCCGCAGAUGGUAUCCUGCAUUCAAAAGGAUUCCCCUCUUAGUGGAUAGUCAAAAAAUCAUCAAACAUGAAGUACCUCAUCCAGAUGAAAUACUUCACCCAUUCUACCAGCCAGCUCCAAUAGAACAGUUUAUUGCAUGUGCUACGGAAUACAAUCCAAGCUUACUCGAUGGCAAAAAAGUAGUUCCGUCAAUCAUACAACACCCAAUAAAGCAAAAUAGCGUGUUAGUGGAUAGCAAAUUAGAAUUUACUGAUGUUAGGGGUGUAAAUAAAUGGUUACUAGAUUUCAUUUCGAAGCGACAACAGCAGAAGAUGCUGGUUCAUAAACCUCUGGACAAGGACACCAAAUUUUCUCAACUUCCGUUUUUAUCUUCUUCUGAUAUAUCCAGAAUAUCAAGCCUUGAAGAUACACUAUUAAGCAUUAGAGAUACAGAUGACUUGGAAUCCAGCGUCGAGACCGUAAACAAUGAGUUACAACGUAUCUUUGAGCGUGAAGAUAAGCAGUCUAAGUUGUUUUGUGAAAAUAUACUUGUUCAUUUGAUAAACCACCAUGGGAAUUCCGUUCAGAAGCUUAUAUUGCUAAUGAAUCUCACUCGGGUACAGUUAUUCUCACGUUUGGAUCAACUGAAAGCCUUGGACAUUGUUAUGUAUCAUACACUUUGCAAAAUUAGAACCAUCGGCAAUCUGCCAUAUAACACCUAUUUGAUCACCACGUUGGAAAGUUUAUUAACGUCAAUCAACGAUAGAUUUUUUCCCAGACGUUGUGAAGAUUCAUUACAUCCAAUUGUAAUCGAGCAGCUGUUAUCAUUUUUCAUUGAAUCAAGAAAUUUAAACGAAAGUAAGAUUUUCUUGAGUCAUUUGAUAAAAAAAGGCAUUUUGCCCAACACAGGCGCUAUAAAUGGAUAUCUGAAGAGUGUGGACGAGCAUUUUGGUAGGACUUCCAAUUUUUUGGAUAUAAAAUCCAAGUUCGCGUUUAUAACAGAUCUUGCACCAAUAAUACAAAACCAUGAGGUACUACCGCUAUUUAAAUUCUUGAUACCUAUGUGCAGACAUUUUGAUGAACUGUACUCUCUGUUGAAUACUAUUCGAAAAUCAGACAACUCCAAGCAAAUCAUGGACAGCAUACUAUCCAUACUUAUUAAGAAGGUACCUACAUUUACCAACGACCCAAUGGUUAACUCAGCAAACUUGUGCACGCUUUUGAACUUAGUAAUCCCACUAUAUGAACAGAGCCUAUCCAGUGAAUUUGUGGAAAAAUUCAUACUAGCUUUCGCUCUUCAAGGAAACUGUACUAUGAUGGCCAAUAUGAUAGAUGAAUAUGAGAUCACAUUAACUCACAAACGGCAAAUGCAAAUAAUGAGCGCUCUAGCCAAAAAUGAGAAAAACCACAUUUCGAAGCAUACAGACGCUAUAGGUUAUAGUAAAGAAUUCAAGAAGUACUUCUUGGAGAACUAUUUAUCUCUAACAAAACCGAAGAGCUGA